AUGGCAGGUGCAGAAGACCCUCUCACAUUCGAGGUAACAGAUCACUUCCCAGUCUACGUCCGUCCAACCAAAGUCGGCGGCUGGGUGCGCGAGGUCUGGAAAUGGGCCGACAAGGGAAAGAACAUUGUCCAUUGCAGACACACCGGUAAGAUCAUGUGCGACUGCUGGAAGUGCAUCUCAUAUCACCUCACCCAUUCUGGCGACCCGUACACGACUCUUGAGCUGUGGAAAGACGAUUUCGGCAUGACCAAAAAGUACGCCGAACACAUCGGUCGGCCGCUGGAGCUUGAUAUCAGUGAUCCUGGCGGAGCGAACGGUCGGAUUGCGCAGGCUCGAGGGUAUUGGAGGGAAUGGCCGACGGCUGCGGAGCUUGCAAAGCCUUCGAGUGCGGCGACCCUGGAGGAGCACACUACUUUCCGAUAUGAUCCUGAGCAAAUCGAUGAGUUCCGAAGUCGUAGCAGCUUCCAGGAGGAGGGUGCAGCUCAUGAAGGUGGGACUCCGCUACCAGGAGACUCACAAGUAUCCGCUGCCUCGAGAGUCCAGUCACUGCGCAAGGCUGCAGGAGACGAGUAUGCCUCUGGCUAUGAAGCUGGCACUGACGGUGAACGAGGCAAGGGGAAGGACAAAACACGGCCUCGUGGGUCGGUGAUCAAGCAGGGGGGUGGCGACAAUUCGGAACCAGAGGUGUUCUCAUUGGAGCUUUCGGAUGACUUGGAAGAGCCUAAGCAGUCGAAAGGCACUGCACCUGGUCGGCGGGGAUCAAAGCGUGGGAAGCAAUAG